AUGUUGAGUGAAGGUGAUCAGCACGUACAAGCUGCCAUACAACAACUUCAACAAGCAUUUGAGUAUUCAAAGAAGCAGAAAUCCGAAGAAUUAAAAACAUGGCAAAAACGUAUCGAAGAUUUAGAACAGCAAUUAUCAUACAUGCAACAAAAUCUUCAACGCUCUGAAGAAGGCAAAGCUAAGGCUGAAGCAGAACUUAAUAAUGCACUUGCAAUGAAUGAAAAUCUCAAAGCACAAAAUCAAGCUUUAAUGCAAGCUUUACAAGAUAAAGAAGAAGAAAUUAACAGAUUCCUCUCUCUUAACCAAUCUCUUAAGAACAUUGUUGAUCAAAUUCCUUACGUUAAAUCUGAUACAACCUCAAAGCAAAAUUUCAUUCCACAAUUUUCCCAAGAACCAAAGACUUCUCUUCAAAAUUCUUCCCCACAGAAGAUAGAAGCCAAGCCUCAGUCAUAUAUACCAUCCCAAACACAGUCACAACAAGUUUCUACUCGUAACAUUUCUCCAAUUGCUAAAUCUCCACCUAAAUCUACAACUCGUACUGCAUCAAAGAGCUCUCAGUUUAUUAAAGCAGCUAAGGAAGAAUUAAGUCCAGCAGACUUUAACCAUAUGAUUUCAGAAAUUAAUUUGUAUAAUAAACGCAAUCAAACUAGGGAAGAAACUAUAGCAAAUGUAAAGAGGUUGCUUGGAGCAGCUCAUAGUAACUUAUUUGAUCAGUUCUUGCCUAUGGUCAGCGGAAAGUAA